AUGCAUCGAACGCCAUCUGGAGCAACCCUCCUACUCAGCCUGCAGUGGGGCGAGCGCAAUAGACUGAUGUUCUCGCUUGCGAAAACUCAGUCUAUAACACUGAAGGGCAAGCUGCAGCGACCGCCCGUUGUCAGGCUUGGGGGGGAAUCUGUCCGGUCGGUGACGUCGGCGAAGCUGCUAGGGGUGGUGUUGGACGACCGUGGCACCUUCGCGGAGCAUGCGGGCGAUAUCGGGGAUAGGGCGGGGCGCUGUUUCGGCAAGAUGUCGAGAGGGACUUACAUCGCUACGAUCACGUACGCGGCGGCUGUAUGGUUCGACAGGGCACUCUCGUAUGUUGUGGCGAGUCGUUUGCUGCGCUCUCAAAGGGCGGCUCUGGUGCUUCUCACCAAAGCCUACAGGACUACCAGCACUCCGGCGCUGGCGAUCUUAGGGAGGGUUCUUCAUGCCAAUCUCGAGGUAUACCGCGCGGGAAAGGUGCAGGCGACGCGUGGGGAUAGGGCGAAGGCGGAGCUCGCGAGGUUUUGA